UAUGGUAUUAUACGCAACCGUUGCUCUACAUCGCUCUCACUAUUAACACUUCUCUCUCUCUCUCUCUCUCUCUCUUUUGUGGACAGUCUUUCUUCUCUCGAGCUUGGAAUUUCAAAGAUCUUUGUAGCAUGGAGUACUCAGUCAAGGAUGAUGUGACUCAACUGAUAGGUAACACUCCAAUGGUGUACCUGAACAACAUUGUAGAUGGUUGUGUUGCACGUAUUGCCGCUAAGCUUGAAAUGAUGCAGCCUUGCUCUAGUGUCAAGGACAGAAUUGCUUAUGGAAUGAUAAAAGAUGCAGAAGACAAGGGUUUGAUUACUCCCGGAAAGAGCAUAUUGAUUGAGCCAACAUCUGGUAACACCGGGAUUGGUAUAGCAAUGGUUGGGGCAGCUAGAGGUUACAAAGUUGUAAUUACACUGCCUGCAUCAGUCAGCAUUGAGAGAAGAAUCAUUCUUCUAGCAUUAGGUGCAGAGGUUCACCUCACAGAUCCUAAAAAAGGCGUUAUGGGAGUAAUUGUCAAAGCUGAAGAGUUAUUAAGCAAAACUCCAGAUGGUCACAUACUAGAGCAAUUCAGAAACCCUUCAAACCCACAAGAUUCUUUGCAGUCUCAUUACGAGGCCACUGGUCCAGAGAUAUGGAGAGACUCUGCAGAGAAAGUAGAUAUAUUGGUUGUUGGUGUUGGGACUGGUGGAACGAUCUCUGGAGCAGGGAAGUUCCUCAAGGAGAAGAAUCAAGCCGUUAAGGUUUAUGGAGUGGAACCUGCAGAGAGUGCAGUACUCAGUGGAGGGCAACCUGGUCCACAUGGGAUCCAAGGUAUAGGAGCUGGACUCAUCCCAGACAAUUUGGAUUUCAGCGUUCUUGAUGAAGUCCUUCAAGUGACAAGUGUGGAAGCUAUUGAAACAGCCAAACUUCUUGCCCUGAAAGAAGGAUUACUGGUUGGAAUAUCAUCCGGAGCUGCUGCAGCCGCUGCGAUAAAGGUUGCAAAACGACCAGAAAACGCAGGGAAGCUCAUAGUUGUGGUUUUCCCGAGUGGCGGGGAACGGUACUUGUCGACUCCGAUGUUCGACUCGAUCAGAAGUGAAGCGGAGAAUUUGGCAAUUGAAUGAGAGAGACUUAUCCACUGCUACUACUACGUAACUCGGUUCGGUUAUGUAAUAAAGUACCAAGAUACCGGUUUUGUCAUUUUUGAGUUUUGACAUACAUUGAAAGUGUUGUUUGACUUGAAAUGACAUGACGUAAUAUUGUUUUCAAAAUUAAGAAAACUAUAGACAUGCAUGCAUGUACGUAAA